UAAAGGAUAGAUAUUCACAAUUCCAAUAAAGUAAACCUCUUAAGUGCUUAAAAUAUUUAUAUAUCAGAAUAUACAGUGAUUAAGUAGCUACAGCACAAUCAACUAAGCUUUGGAUGUGUCUGGCAGAUGUGCAAGUUAUUUUUGUCUAAUCAUUGGUCAGGUCUUGGCUGUAGCUAAAAGGAAGCUGGAGAAUCCACCAAUAUAGUUCAGUAUUGUUAUGGUUUGGGUAAAUAGACCAUACAUGGAUAUACUUGAUGACCGAGGCUGUCUUUCCUCCGUGGAAUUUCUCAUGGGUAGUGCCAGACAGGUUAGCGGCCAUGGCAUGGCCUCAGACAGUGGCAAGCCUGGACUACAUUAUCCAGCAGGGGGUAAGACACCUAGUCACCCUGUCUGCAGAGAAGUUACCACCAACACACGUGUUUCCACAGCUCCGCCACACUGUCAUCUCCGUCCUUGAGUUCGAGGCUCCCACCCUUGACCAAAUCAAGCAGUUCAUUGCCAUUUGUGAAGUAGAGGAUCAAAACAAUGAGGCGGUGGGAGUUCACUGCCGCAUGGGUCGUGGGAGGACUGGUGUGAUGGCAGCUUGUUACCUUGUACGCUUCGCUGCGCAGACUCCAGAGCGAGCCAUCACUAGCUUGAGGCUGACUAGACCCGGUUCUGUGGAGACUUAUGCUCAAGAAAGAGUUGUGCUUGCCUAUCAUGACUUUUUGCGAGCUUCUUAACUAUGAGAACCAUUCCAAGAUUGAGUUUAAAACUGUACUCCUUUUAUAAUGCAACUAUAACACUACAGAAUGAUGUAUGUGCAAUAAAUGUAGUUUAAUAAAAGUAUGCAAUAUAAAAAUGCAAAUCAGACAAUCCUUUAUUGCAUAGUAUAUUAUAUAAUUAAUACUGAAAGCAGCCUUUUCUGGAUGUAAUUUUUUAACUGAAAAUAAUUUGUG